CAUUGCCACACCAGAAAUGGGCGAUAGUUUAGAGUCGUGUCAUACAUGUUUCUCGUCUCCGCAGUGAAUGAUGUACGUCGCUUUUCGUUUCGUUUCGUUUCGUUUUUUGAGGUUCGUUAAUAUUGGAUAACGCGCACGCAUUCCUUUCGCCUCCGAAUGUCUACGUCGAUGAAUUCAACGACAGAAUUUGUACACGGCGUUGUCGAGAGUCAGAACGAGAAGAGACACGCUGUGUCUGUUUGGAGAGAUGAACGAAGAACAUGGCUUCAGAUGCACCGUACUACUUUUCAUCAAUUACUAUGUUUCUGCAAAGAUCCUCCGUGCUGUACUACACCUGCUUUUGGUCGUCCUGCAGCUGUCGAAGCCCGUCUAGAUGGAGAAUAUAGAGCUGGUGUUGGACGCGUCGGGAGAGAGAGCGAGGAGAUCGCGUUCUACGACGGCGGCGCCGAUCCUCACGAGAGCCUAUUUGAGGCUGAUCAAACAUGUCAAUUCGAUAUACAAGAAGAUUUCGUGAUCAAGUAUCUCUGGUCCGCAGCUGGGUACGGGCUGAUAGCUGUGCCGCUCCUCAUAACGAGGAAGCGUCAUCGUUCUCGUGUUGGGGACGGAGAUGGAGAGGGUAAGGAAGAUGGUAGGGGUGGUGAUGGACGAAAGCAGAAGGGCGAUUCGGAUCGUGUGGUUGCUGCUAGGACGGAAACAUAUAUCUCCAACCGCCGCCUUCUCCUCUCACUCACAGAUGCAGGCGGGAGACUUAUGUAUGCAUAUAAAGAUUUGCAAGAGGUUGCUGGUUUGACUGGGCGACUCUACACGCUCGUCUCGACUCUCCAUAACCUCCCCCCACUCCCUCCCGCACUCCCAGGAGACGGAGAUACAUUCGCCCUCAAAGACGUGGACGUAUGCGUUCCUGAAUAUCCCAUCGCGUCUACACCGCCUCAUGUUGACUCUUCCUCCCAUCCCACUACCAACUCCACCACAAAAGCCCUCCCUGACUCAGACUUCAAACCCACCCAAGACCUCGCACCCACAAACCCAAACCCAGACUCAACCCUCUCAGGCCCAAACACCACUACCCUCGUCCGCGCACUCACCCUAACCCUCAAACCAGGCAUGCACCUUAUGAUAACAGGUUCUAAUGGCGUUGGUAAGACGGCUGUUGCACGGGUUUUGGCGGGGCUUUGGGCGCCUGGGUCUGGGUCGGGGCUUAGGUCUGACUCGGACUCGGACUCGGACUUGGGAUCGGGGCUCACGCGUCCUACAGAUGACGUAGACGGUCGUCCAGUUCACCUCACAAUCCGGUCCGAGCUCACUGCGGCGCUGGAAGAACUAGAGGGUCUGCUCUGUGCGGCUCAUCUGGGAUAUUUGGUGGAGAGGGAGGGUGGAUGGGAUACGGUGAAGGAGUGGAGGGAUGUGUCGGGUGGGGGGGAGAAGCAGAGGACGGUGACUUCUCCUCCCUGCCUUCCAUUCCCCUCGCCUGACACGGCCUUGGAAUGCACAUCAGCCGUAAGCUCCGACGUUGAAGGACAGAUGUACGGACAUGCAAAGGCGUUGGGGAUUACGCUUAUUACUGUUUCUCUUCGUCCGUCACUGACAAGGUAUCACACGCACAUAUUGACGCUUACGGGGGAUGGAACAGGGAGUUGGACGUUUAGCCGGAUUGCUAAGGGGAGUGGGUUGGGUGUGGGGCGGGGAGAGAGCGACGGUGAAUCAACUGCAGCCAGUGAAAGCGACCCAACACCAACGCCAACGCCAAUGCAAAACGCACCAACGGCACCGCACACAGAAGACCAAGGAGCCAAACACCUCACGCGCGUCCUCGAAGAGAUACGUGUGCUAGAGGUACGGAUUGAAGAGUCGUAUGGGUGGGAGAAGAGGGUUAGGGAGCUUGGGGAGGCGUUGAAAGCCAAGUGA